GAGCGAUUUUAGAAGAGCGGCUUUUAUCUAGCUAAUUUCUGGCUAAGUUAAAAUAAUUCCAACCUGUGCUGAGUAGCUGAUGCCAAGAUGAUCUGCCGGUGUGUAUAUGCUCUUUCACUAAUGUGGCUGAUUUCUGCCUCCCAAGAAAAGAGCUGCCCAGAACUACCCUCUGUGGACAACAGCAUAUUUGUUGGAGUAGAGACACCAGAACACCAUCUGGGAACUUACAUCUGUAUCAAGGGCUACCACCUCAUAGGGAAGAAAAGCUUGUCAUGUGUGACUUCCCAGGGGUGGGACGCCCCCACUCCCAGGUGCCAUGUGGGCCACUGUCCCGACCCUGUGCUGGAGAAUGGUGAGCCCAGUUCCUGGGGGCCUGCACAAGAGAACGAUACAGUCAUGUUCAAGUGCGAUGACAGUCACAUUCUGAAGGGCAGCAACUGGAGCCAGUGCCAAGAGGACCACACCUGGGCACCUCCCAUUCCUGUCUGCAGAAGCAGAGACUGUGACCCUCCUGGGAAGCCAAGUCAUGGCUAUUUCGUAGGAAGAGACUUCAGCUCCGGAUCUAGGAUCAUGUACUACUGCAAAGAGAGGUUCCGCCUGGUGGGCACGCAGCAGCAGCGUUGUGUGGACGGGGAGUGGAGCAGCGUGCGCCCGUCCUGUGAGCUGGUCCCAGACCCUCUUUGGACACAGCUGGAGGAGGCCCUGCUUGCCUUUCAGGAGAGGAAGGACUUUUGCGAAACCAUAAAAAACGUUACCCAAAAAUUAAAGGAAAGCAAUUUAAUGAUGGAAGAAGCAAAACAUUUCCUGGAGAUAAAAAAAGCUGAGUUAAAAGCAAAAAUGUUAAAAAUAAAUAAAAAUAAAGGCAAAAAUAUUGCUCUGACAGUGUAGCUAAACAGCCCAGGCACAGAAACAUCCCCAUGAGGAGCUAGAGAGAGAGAACAGGGGUUGGGGAUAGGCUUGCCUUUCAGGUGACCAACCCAGACCUGAUUUUCAACAAUGCCCACG